UGUCAAACUUUGUUGCCGCGGCGGCGGCUGCGGCGGCGGCUGCGGCUGCGGCGGGGGCGAGCGGCGCCGGAGGGGCGCGGGGCUGGGCCGGGCCGGGCCGGGCGGCGAGGGCUCCGGAUCCCGAGCGCGGCGCCCCGGCCCGCGACCCCACCAUGCCCCAGCUCGGCGGCGGCGGCGGCGGCGGUGGCGGGGGAGGCGGCGGCGGCUCGGGCGCCGGGACGGCCGGCGGAGGGGACGACCUGGGGGCGAACGACGAGCUGAUCCCCUUCCAGGAUGAGGGGGGCGAGGAGCAGGAGCCGAGCAGCGACAGCGCCUCGGCGCAGCGGGACCUGGACGAGGUCAAGUCGUCCCUGGUCAACGAGUCUGAGAACCAGAGCAGCAGCUCCGACUCCGAGGCGGAGAGGCGCCCGCAGCCCGCCCGGGACGCUUUCCAGAAGCCGCGGGACUUCUUCGCCGAAGUGAGAAGGCCCCAGGACGGAGCGUUUUUUAAGGGCCCACCGUACCCUGGGUACCCCUUCUUGAUGAUCCCGGACCUGAGCAGCCCCUACCUCCCCAACGGACCCCUGUCUCCCGGAGGAGCGCGCACGUACCUGCAGAUGAAAUGGCCCCUCCUCGAUGUCCCCUCCAGUGCCACCGUCAAGGACACCAGAUCACCAUCCCCAGCACACUUGUCCAACAAAGUUCCUGUCGUUCAGCACCCACAUCACAUGCACCCGUUGACACCCCUCAUCACCUACAGCAACGACCACUUCUCCCCUGGCUCGCCUCCCACACACCUCUCCCCAGAGAUCGAUCCAAAGACAGGAAUCCCCCGGCCUCCUCACCCAUCUGAGUUGUCUCCAUACUACCCACUCUCUCCUGGAGCUGUUGGACAAAUCCCCCACCCCCUCGGCUGGCUGGUCCCACAGCAAGGGCAGCCCAUGUACUCCCUUCCUCCCGGGGGCUUCCGGCACCCCUACCCUGCCCUCGCCAUGAAUGCCUCCAUGUCCAGCCUGGUUUCCAGUCGGUUCUCCCCUCAUAUGGUGGCUCCAGCUCAUCCUGGUCUGCCCACCUCAGGGAUCCCCCACCCUGCCAUCGUCUCCCCCAUUGUCAAGCAGGAGCCAGCACCGCCCAGCCUGAGCCCCGCCGUGAGCGCGAAAUCGCCAGUCACAGUGAAAAAGGAGGAAGAAAAGAAACCCCAUGUGAAGAAGCCUCUCAACGCCUUCAUGUUAUACAUGAAGGAGAUGAGGGCCAAGGUGGUCGCUGAGUGCACACUGAAGGAAAGUGCGGCCAUCAACCAGAUCCUGGGGAGAAAGUGGCAUAACCUGUCCCGAGAAGAACAGGCCAAAUACUAUGAACUGGCCCGCAAGGAGCGGCAGCUUCACUCACAGCUGUACCCAACCUGGUCAGCCCGAGACAACUAUGGUAAGAAAAAGAAGAGGAAGAGAGAAAAGCAGUUGUCACAAACACAAUCCCAGCAGCAAGUCCAAGAGACAGAGGGUGCUCUGGCCUCCAAAAGCAAGAAGCCAUGUGUUCAGUACUUGCCCCCCGAGAAGCCCUGUGACAGCCCCGCUUCUUCCCAUGGCAGCAUGCUGGACUCCCCUGCCACGCCCUCAGCGGCCUUGGCCUCACCUGCUGCCCCUGCUGCCACCCACUCGGAGCAAGCCCAGCCCCUCUCCCUCACCACCAAGCCGGAGUCCCGAGCCCAGCUGGCUCUUCAUUCGGCUGCCUUCCUGUCAGCUAAGGCCGCAGCCACCUCUGGCCAGAUGGGCAGCCAGCCACCACUCCUCUCCCGGCCCCUCCCCCUUGGCUCCAUGCCCACAGCUCUGCUGACUUCUCCACCUUCGUUCCCUGCCACUCUUCAUGCCCACCAGGCCCUCCCAGUACUUCAGGCCCAGCCUCUUUCUUUGGUCACCAAAUCUGCCCACUAAGUUGGCCCUUGACCUAUACAGGCUGUCAAGUGACUCAUCAACUAGUAAUGAUUCAGAAGAAGGAAAAAAAAAAAAAAAGGAAAUUUUAUUGGUCAAUAUUUGACCACUCUGGACUGUUCUGCAAAGUGACUGGUAACAACAGCAUUUUACAUUUUGUAGAUAUAACCAGUAGCUGAUGUUAAGGCUUUUUUUAGAAAAAAAAAAAAAAAGAAAGAAAGAAAAGAAAAGAAACAAGCAAAAAAAAAAUCUUUAAAAGAGAACUGAACUGAACAGUAGUGUGUUCCUCUUCCCAUCUGUGCUGUGGUGGAUGGACCUGGGCAGAAGACACUUUUCUCUCUACCUCUUGUCCCUUCUGCCCUCCUUUUCCCCUCUCUGGAGCACCCACCCAGCUACCUACUCGGUCUACAUGUCAGCCAUUGCUGCCACUUCUAGCCUGCUGCUGCUUCAUCUAGAUCCUGUCCCUAGAUAUUUGCCUUGACCUCACCUGUGUGUUUCUCCUCUGCUCAUCUCUGGAGGAUUCUUCUCUUUUAUCUUCUUUGUUUUCUGCCCAGGGUCAGGCUGUCACCCAGUGAGAAGCCAACUCUGCCUGAUUUGUCUCCACCAGCAUUCCCCUUCCCUCAGCAGGCCCAAAUCUAUCAGCCUCCAACCUCCCAUGGGGAAAGAGAUCCUCUGAAGUGGUUCUUCCCCACAUUUAAAGAGACUCAAGGUGCCUGUCACUUCCUCAGAGAAGAAGUUUGUGUCCUACACCGUGGCCAGUUGAGAGCUCCCCUUUACAGUCCAAAAGUGACAGACUGGACCUAGCUCCCAUAUCUGGCUCCCAUCUCAUGGGUCAGUGCUCGCACAAUCUGCCAAAGUUUUAAAGACCCUCCUCUGCUCCUCCCCAUCACCUCACAUGCUUCUUCUGUGUGUAUUUCCCUUUUGUUUUAAUGUUUUGUUUUGUUUUGUGUUUUUUUUUUUUUUUUUGGAAAAAUUUAAGCUCCCAUUUAUUUUCACAAAAGAAAAUAAAAUUGCAGUUGCAAGACCUUU